CAUCUUCUUCUUUUUCACCAUCUUCUUCUAAAAAUCAACUUUUUCCCCCUUCUUUAUGUCCUUUGUGUUCAUCAGAAAAAGCUGGAAAAAUCCCCACCACCACUUAUUUCAUCUAAACCCUUAGAUUAACUAGCUUAAAUCAAUCUCCAACGUGUAAUUGUCUUCCAAUCAAACACCAUGUUGGAUUACACAAUCUCACCUUCUCCACUUCCAUGUUCUUCGUCUGAUCCUAUCGCUCCUUUCCAAAACGGCGUCACUCAGAAAAGAAAAAGAAAGCCGGCAGGCACCCCAGAUCCGGAUGCAGAAGUGGUUUCUCUGUCUCCACAAACGUUGUUGGAAUCAGACAGGUAUGUUUGUGAGAUCUGCAAGCAAGGGUUCCAAAGAGACCAGAACCUUCAAAUGCAUAGGAGGAGGCACAAUGUUCCAUGGAAGCUACUGAAGAGGGAGAGUAGUGAUGAGGUGAAGAAGAGGGUGUUCGUCUGCCCAGAGCCGAGCUGCUUGCACCAUGAUCCUUGCCAUGCUUUGGGGGAUCUGGUCGGCAUAAAGAAGCAUUUCAGAAGGAAACACAGCAAUCAGAAACAGUGGGUUUGCGAUAAGUGCGGCAAAGGGUACGCUGUUCAGUCUGAUUUCAAGGCUCAUCUCAAAACUUGUGGCACCCGAGGCCACUCUUGUGACUGUGGUCGUGUUUUUUCCAGAGUAGAGAGAUUCAUUGAGCACCAAGAUGCUUGUACUGUUCGGCGAAUUCGUCCGGAAUCGCAGGCGGCGCUGCAGCCGGCAUAUGCGUCUCGAGUAGUGUCGAGUGCUAAUCCGUUGACUGAUAUGAACUUCGGCAUAGCCCCCACGACGGCGACGCCGUUGCUUGGAUUGCCAAUGCUAAGAUCAACUGAGCCGGUUUUCUUGUACAGUCAUGCGUCUACAGCGAAUUCCAACCACCGGCACCACGGCGGCCUUGAACUUCAGCUACUUCCAUCAUCAAACACUCACGGCUUGAAGCUAUCAAUAGGCUCAAGCGACGGUUCUAAGAAAACUGAAGGAAACUGGCUGAGUAAUGCCAGUGGGACGGCAUUCGAAGCUUUGAAAGAGGUGGCCAUGGCGGAGAAGGUUUACGCGGAAAAGGCCAGACAAGAAGCUAAGAGACAAGUGGAGAUCGCCGAGCUCGAGUUCUCAAGUGCGAAGAGGAUAAGGCAACAAGCGCAAGGUGAACUGGAGAAAGCUCAAGUGUUGAAAGAGGAGGCGACGAAGAAACUGAAUGGUGUAAUCAUGCAGAUCACUUGCCAAGCAUGCAAACAUCAAUUUCAAACGGCGGCGGCUGCGGUUCCGGCCGAUGAGACCUCACUUGCAAUGAGUUACAUGUCUUCUGCCACAACGGAAGGGGAAGGAGAGUGAAUCGACCCUUAGUCCCUCGGAUAAUCACACUGUGCCUUGCCUUGAUUGUUUCAGAAUCAAACGGAAA